AUGGAUGACAAUGAAAGUCAAUUCAAGAAUGACAAGGUCUCUACUGGUACCUCUACUCAGCGACUGGAAAUAGACCCUGCUGCAGAGAANAAACUGGUUCGCAAACUCGACCUUUCCAUCAUCCCACCAGUCACGUUACUAUACUUGUUCAGCUUUCUGGAUCGUGUCAACAUAGGAAAUGCUCGUCUGGACGGACUGGAAGAGGACCUCAAUCUAUCAUCUGAACAAUACCAGACCGCAGUGUCUUUACUCUUCGUCACAUACCUUCUCUUCGAGGUGCCUUCAAACAUCAUCCUGAAACAUUAUUGUCGCCCUUCAAGAUGGAUAGCUUUCAUUUCUGUAUGCUGGGGUAUCGUUGCGACGUUGACUGGUAUCGUGCAAUCCUUCGGAGGUCUGAUCGCUUGUAGAUUGCUUCUAGGACUCUUCGAAUCCGGUCUGUUCCCUGGAUUGGCAGUAUAUCUCUCAUUCUUCUACACCAAGAGAGAGAUUGGACUUCGAAUUGGCUACCUNUUUGUCAGCGCAGCCUUAGCUGGUGCAUUUGGAGGGUUGCUAGCCUAUGGUAUCGGCCACAUGGACGGAGUCGCUGGUCAGGGUGGAUGGCGCUGGAUUUUCAUUCUCGAAGGCAUACCAACCUUUGUUCUCGGCAUCGCGUGUUGGUGGUGGCUAGCCGAUGGUCCAGAGACUGCCUGGUUCCUCACUCAAGAGGAGAAGAAAAUGAUGGAAAUUCGCCGUUUGCAACAAGUUGGUGUCACCGAUGAAUUUGCCUGGCGAGAUGUGCGGGCUGGUCUCAAAGACUGGAAGAUGUGGGCAUUCUGCUGCGCUCUGUUCGGUGCUGACACCAUGCUCUACGGCUACUCGACAUUCUUGCCAACCAUCAUCAAGAAUAUUGACCCAACAUACUCAAGCGCCUUGGUGCAAGUCCUCACCAUCCCUUGCUAUGCAAUUGGAGCGAUCAGUUAUCUGAUCAUGGCACGCAUUUCGGACUGGUCACAAAAACGCGGUGUCUACACCAUUAUUUUCGGUGUCAUCUCUAUUGCUGGCUAUGCCAUGUUGAUCUCAGACGGUGGCUCAGGCGUUCACUACGCUGGCUGCUUCCUGGUCGCCUUGGGCCUUUACGUCGCCGUUGGUCUUCCCAUUGCUUGGCUGCUGGCCAACAACCCUCGCUUCGGCAAGCGCACCACAGCUACUGGCUUGCAACUCAUGUUUGGCAACUGCGCUGGUAUCAUGUCAUCUUUCCUAUACCCCAAAGAGCAGGGACCUCGUUUCAUCAGGGGCCAUGCUGUCUCAUUGGGCAUGGUGUCAUUUGCUAUGAUCGUUUAUGCCUUCAUGUGGUGGUUUUUCAGCCACGAGAACAAGAAGAGAAUCAAUGGCGAACGUGACUACAAGAUUGAGGAUUUGAGUGAGGAAGAGAUCGCUGACUUGGGUGACGAGAAUCCUAAGUUCCUUUACUCUAUCUGA